UAGUUGGAAACGGAUUGUAAACAUUAAAACGUAGUUCUUUAAGCUCUGUUUGUUCCUUGCUGUCAUUUUGUUAUUUAUCAUUUUCAACCGUGAUCCGCGCUUCCUAAAUUGGCAUACGGGACUGUCUCGUCUAGAUCAGUAUAACUACAUUCUGUGGGAGGUUAAAAGAUCGAGGAUAACAGACAAGUUUCAUUAGACAUUUUCACGCUUUUGUCAACAACUAUAUUUCUCAUUGGAGUACAUAAAACUCGUCGUUAAGUGGUCAGAUGUACAACGCAGGAGUUGAGCCGGAGAAAGGUGGAGCGACUGCCCCCUAUUACAACCCCCAACCCGAAAACCAGGAUAUGUCCACCCCCAUUCAACCUUUCCCCUCACCUCAACCUGGUCCACCUGGUUACCCUCAACAACCCAUGCAGCCAUAUCCCCCCGCGCCAAUGCAACAACAACCGGGAGGUUAUAACACCACCAACACAACCAACACAACAGUUGUGAUUCAACAGCAACCAACUGCGGUCGUUAUUCAAGGUCCUAGAGAUUGGAGCUCUGGGUUAUGUGCCUGCUUUGAUGACUGUGGAGUGUGCCUCGUUGGGCUGUGUUCUUGCAUGUGUGGGAUGCCUGUCAUUGAAUGCCAGGUCAGCGGCGCUGCUGGAGAGUGUUGCUGUGUCGGAGUGUGCUGUCCGAUUGCCCUGCGGACGAAGAUACGAACGAGACACAACAUUCAGGGAGGCAUCAUUGACGAUUGCUGUGCUCUGGCAUUUUGCCAUUACUGCGCUUUUUGCCAAAUGCAACGAGAAAUUAACAUGCAUGGAAUGUGAAAUACGAAGCAGCUCUCAUGAAACAUUUGCACUUUGGACGAUCAAAUCAUUUACGCGUAUCAUUUUAAAUCAUAUAUAACCUUAUAUAACAUAAUGUAAUUUUAUAAGUUGGUAAGAAAGCAUGAAAACUUGUAUGUAGUCGUAGAUAGCUACUUCUCGUAGUUUAUUUUACGUUGCAUAAUCAUAGAGCAUUUUCCUUUAUACGGUAAAAACGGUCAGACCGGUCCUGUUUAUUUUGGUACAGACGGAUUACUGGUAUUUUAGAGUGUUUCAAGAACUCUGCAUUCAAGUUAUUAUCGUUAUUUACAUCAGCCUAGCACGGGAAAUGCAGUUCCACCGGUGAAAUACUGUAUUUCAAUUCAAAAUACAACCGGUCUGACCAUUUCGGUCGCUUAAAGGAAAGCGCCCAUAUAGAGACGAAAACUCUGAAUAUACAUCGUAUGCUUUGGUUAUAAUUCUUAGCAGUUAUUUAGUUUACUGAUAAUUAAAAGUAAU